CGCCGCGGCGGCCGGAGACGGGCAGGGCCGGGCCGCGAUGGCCGACUGGGCGCGGGCUCAGAGCCCUGGCGCUGUUGAGGAGAUCCUCGACCGGGAGAACAAGCGCAUGGCCGACAGCCUGGCCUCCAAGGUCACCAGGCUCAAGUCGCUGGCCCUGGACAUCGACAGAGACGCAGAGGACCAGAACCGGUACCUGGACGGCAUGGACUCGGACUUCUCGAGUGUGACGGGCCUGCUCACCGGGAGCGUAAAGCGCUUUUCUUCAAUGGCACGGUCUGGACGUGACAACCGAAGACUCCUUUGUGGUAUGGCCGUGGGCCUGAUCGUGGCCUUCUUCAUCCUCUCCUAUCUCGUGUCCAGGACACGGACGUGAGCCACAGGGACUGGGCUCCGGAGGGCCCCUCCCCUCCCUGGUGUGUUGGGUUCCAAGGACCUGCUACGAAAUACUCCUUUGAAACACCAGUCGUGGCUCAGGAGCCUUCUUCCUGCGUGGCUGGGAGCCCUCGGCUGCCUCUGACCCAGUGCACUCAUGCUGGCUGGGCCGGAAGCCAGGUCCGCCCCCUUCUGCCAUGCUGGGUGCAGAGGCAUCAGCGGGGCCAGAUCUGAGUGGAGCAGCUGGGGGCCCUGGACGUGGCCGCCUGCGUGUGACCGCCAGUCCUUCUCCUGGUCCUUGCGGCUCUGCCAUCCUUGUCUAGGAAAGGCCACUUUCGGUAUCCGAGGUGACUGGUGUGGACACAGGAUGCAGAUGUGGCUCUGAAGUUCAAAGCAGUGCCGAUUCCUUUGACCCAGAGCCCUUGGGUGCCCCCUGAAGGCCCCGAGAUCUGUGUCCUCUGUCCUGUGGCUGAGACGAGGGAUGUGGUGAGUGGCCUGCGGCCUCGCCCUGUCCUCUGGGUCGUGUGGCCUCGUACCCAGGAACAGACUUGGGUUUUCCCAGGAAGCAGCUAUGCCCCGGGGAGGGCGGAUGGGGGCCAGAUCAGCAGGGACAAGCCCACCCACUUCACGGUCAGUGGGGUGGGGGCUGUCGUGCAGGUGGGGCUUUCCUGCAAGGGCCUUUACCCCCACCAGGCCUCGCCCCUCCUCCCACAGCAAGCCACCCCAUGGGGGUCCUGAGCCUGUCCCCACUCACCCCUCCCUGGCCCUUGGCCCGCCCAGCUGCUCCCAUGCACCGUGGGCCGGGUAGCUCAUCUGGGCCCACCAGAGGCUCCCUCCGUGGUCCGCUCCCAUUGCCUGAAACUCCCGUGGAAGUGAGGCCUCAACUCUGCUUUUGCGACUGUCAUCUGCCUCCGUGCACGCCCCUUCCUCACUGAGGGCCAACCACCCGCACCCCAUGGGCGGUGCCUUCUCCCACCUCUCCCCUGGGCUCACACACAGGCUCCAGCGCGAAGUACUUCGCAUGGGGACCUCCGUGGGCCCGGCCCCUGCGGGGGCGCAGCCACCCCAUUUCCCGUGCUCCUUCGCCCGCUGAGGCCUGUUGGCCAGCAUUUCCCAGAAACCCAGCUUGCCACCCACACCCUGCAAUGCUUGGGUUGCCACAACCCGAGUGUCCUCUGCUCCCGCCUCCACCGCUCAUGCAGCCCACCCGGCUUCAGCCCAUCCUCAGGCACGGGCAGAACACCUGCGCCUCCAUGCUGAGCAGUGCUGUGGGGCCCGCACCCAGCUUGCCUUGCAUGCUUUGAUGCCCCCGGGCCUGCCCCGUGCCUAGUGGGACUGAUUGCCAGGCAUCACCCCCAGGGCCGAGGGUGAGACACUUAAGCCUUUGGAAUAAACAAUCUCAUGAUGAAAGGAUGAAAGAAACACGGUCUGCGGUGUGUUGGUUCCCUUGGGGCCGGGAGAGCCUGUCUGAGGUGGCCUA